UUCAAGUACCAUUCCUUCUGUGCUUUACCCACUCGCAAAACCAUCAGAUUCCUCAAGUUUACACACAAGAAGUGCGCCAUCCUCCUCAGGUGUUCCAUCAAAGUCUUGAGCUCUAACAGUGUGGUUCCUGCGUUUUUUUUUUGGUUACGCGAGUCAGUUUUACAUCGACUUCUUUGCAGUUUCGAUCAGUUUUCUCACAUUAGUGCGAUUUUAGGAAAUUAGUGAAAUACGAUUUUUUCCUCUUUCUAUUGUUGAUGUUCGAUACUUUUAAAUCAUAGCAAGCAUGGAUUUCAUUAUACGAUGGCAAUCUGCUUUCAUGGUGGGAAUUCUGUUAGCUACUGUUCCUGAUCUUGUCAACUCAAAAACCGAAGGGAUGUCAACCUCUAUGGACUACAGCGUCAGCAGCGUGUCUAGAUCCAUUCGUGCAGAACCAGAUCAGUCUAAUGGUACCAUCAUACCUUCCGUUGAAUCAUCUGUAUCUUCGUCCGAUAUGAAAAAUCAUUCGAGAGAAGCUCUUACCCAGGAUGCCAGUGAAUCUGUAAUUUUCAUAGGAGAUACUGCAGGUUAUGUUCCUUUACCACCAGUGGGAGAUAGAGAAAUCCCUUCUGCUCCAGAAGAAGUGGACUGGAAAUUACCCGUGGACACAUGGGAUAGGGAGUACAGGAAAUUCAGACAUAAUACCACAAGGGUACAACAUAUCGAAGCAGAAUGCCAAGACGAUUACAUGAAAAUCAGGGUAGGAUUCAAUGGGACCUUCAAUGGUUUGGUCUAUUCAGCUGGCUAUGCUUAUGAUCCUGACUGCAUGUACAUCAACGGUACAGGGAGGGAUUACUACGAAUUCUACAUACAGCUCAACAGAUGCGGUACUCUAGGAAAGAACACUCAUAACGAGGAUAACAGUAAAGCACCAACGAAAAACUUUAUGUGGAACACCGUCACCGUCCAGUAUAACCCGCUAAUUGAGGAGGAAUUCGAUGAACACUUCAAAGUUACUUGCGAAUACGGCUACGAUUUUUGGAAAACGGUUACUUUUCCUUUUCUGGACGUAGAGGUUGCAACUGGAAACCCAGUAGUGUUCACCUUGACACCCCCGGAAUGUUACAUGGAGAUAAGAUAUGGGUAUGGCACUUCUGGAAAUAGGGUAACAGGUCCAGUGAGAGUUGGAGAUCCCCUCACUUUGAUAAUAUACAUGCGAAGCAAAUAUGAUGGCUUCGAUAUCGUUGUAAAUGACUGCUAUGCUCACAACGGGGCAACGAAGAAGAUACAGUUGAUUGAUGAAUAUGGGUGCCCAGUUGACGACAAGUUGAUAUCCAGAUUUAGAGGAUCGUGGUCUGAGGCAGGCCUCUUCGAAACCCAGGUAUUCGCCUACAUGAAAACCUUCAGAUUCACGGGAUCACCUGCUCUGUAUAUUGAGUGUGAUGUUAGGAUGUGCCAUGGAAGAUGCCCGAGCCAACCUUGCCACUGGAGGAACGUGAAAAACCUGAGAAAGAGGUCCAUCUCAACAGGAAAUUCAUCCUUGAUCACCCCUCCUAGUUUAUCCGAAAACUUGAAUCUGUUCCAGUCUCUGAGGGUAUUACAAGAAGGAGAAUCUGACGAGGACAGGAAUCUCACCCUAUCAGGUAAAAUUAGCCACGUUUUUCACAAUAUUGCCACGAUUCAGUUACUUUUUUCAGUGAACCAUGGUGAUCCUGGAAACGUCUGUAUGAAAACAGGUUGGUUCUCAGCCCUCCUGGCCAUUGGAGGUACUUUGAUGUGUUUGUUGGGGUGUGCACUUUUGGCCACGUGCACCAAAAUGAGGAGAACCGCCAUAGACAAGAUGUUACCACAUUCGUUCAAUGGUUACAUGAACCACAAGGGCAACAUCAACUGAAAGCAUCGAGUAUUAAGUGAUUCAAUAAAAUAUAAUAACUUAAUACUCAAUGCAGAAAGUUACUGGUCA